ACGAACAGCAUCUAACCUCGCUCGCGGAAGCACGGGUUCCCGGCGGUGCUUUCUAUCAGCAGCUCCUUUCACCCUGGACUAGGAGAGGCGAUUUUCCAUCACGGUAAUAGUGCUGGAACAAUCUUGAAUCCUGUCCCUGCGAAGUUCUAAGACACGAGGGGAGACCUUGAUCCGCUCCACUACUGUGACGAACAUAUACUACUGACAGCAGUUGUACCAAGACCUUGACCAUUCUCGUGAGUCCAUAGGGCAGCAAAGAGACGGCAGCAAUGAUGCGGGAUAGCAGUGGUGGGGAUUUCGCGGCGACGGUCAUCCCAAUUACCCGGAGCCUGAUAUUCUGGGAAUGCACGGAGGUCCGUAGGUGGCUGGAGGCGCUUCAGUUCGGUGCCCAGACGCUUUCCGCGGUGUUUGAGAAGCGAGUUAGCGGCGCCAACCUGAUCUCCAUGAUCAACAGCGACCGCCUGGGCGAGCUUGGCAUCACGAGGCUCACGAGGGCGCAGCUCUUGUGGAACCUUAAGGCACACCGUCGACGAAUCGACAAGGGUGACCAGAAGGCGGGUACAGCCGUCGACCCGACCGUGUUUCUGGGCGUGGAGGAGCGGCUGAAGGAGCUGGAGCAGGGGGGCGGUGAGGGUGGAGGAAACGCGAGCUACAGGCCCUACAGCGACAACCCCGACAGCGCCUCUCAGCAGCUAAUGGUGCGGGCAAUGCCCUCUCCGAAAAGGGUAGGGGGCGGAUUACCCGUGCAGUCGGAGGGGGCAGGCGGCAGCGGGGGGGAUAUACUGGACUUGAUGUCUAUGGACAUUGGUGGCGAUGGCACGGGUUCAUCGCCAGAAAGAGCACCUGAGGACGGGUCUAGCGCCAAUGAAGGGGACGUCUUCCUUGCCAUAGAGGCGGCGCCCCAGCCUGCCCCCGCACCGGCGGCGGCGGCGGCGGCGACGGCGGCGGGAGCAGGAGGAGGAACGGCAACCCAAGCGAAGAAGAAGAACAAGAAUAAGUCGGCGGGGAAGAAGACGUUUAACCUCAUCGAUUUCGACGAGGAGGGGGAGGAGGAUGGGGGUGCCGGGGAGGAGGGAGAAGGGGGUGACGCAGAGGAAGAGGAGGAGGAAGAGGUGGCGUACUCUGAGGGGGCGAUGGGGCCGGAAGCUACUGUGUUCGAGGUGGUCUUCCCGCCUGGACACACGCCGAACAUUCUCUUGGAGGAGAGCCAGCCGGGCAAUAAGCUGACGGUGAAGUCUUUCCCGAAGAGGGCGGACGGCAGCAGGGGCACCGCGGAGGCUGACGGUAAGAUAGAGAAGGGCGACUUCUUGCUGGCCGUCAACAGCAUCCGACUGGAGGGCUUAGGCUUCAACGACGCCAUCAGGGUGCUCACAACGCAGGCAAGGUUACCCGCUGUCACUACGGUUUCGCCGCGUGCCGAAGCACCUGAGGGGUCACAAUCUCGAGAUGUGGUCGGUGAACGCUCUCAGGACCGUCCUUUUGGAAGAGGGUGUUGAACUCACG